UAAAUCAUCCAAGAGAGAGAGAGAGAGAGAGCAGAGAUCUCAGAUGAAAGCAGUGAGAGAAUUCAAAGUCUAUCGUGAAAAAUAAAACUGACAAGAUGACAGGUGGUGAUGAUCAAGUGACGAUGGAACCUCCACACAUUUAUGUGGAACGCACUUUGGCUAUUAUCAAGCCAGACGCCCUCCAUAAAGCAGAGGAAAUCGAGGACAUUAUUUUGAGAUCGGGAUUCGCAAUUUUACAGAAAAGGAGAGUACAUCUUACACCUGAACAAGCAAGUGACUUCUAUGCAGAGCAUUAUGGGAAACUGUUCUUCCCUAGCCUUGUAGCUUACAUGAGCAGUGGACCUAUCAUUACACUGAUGAUUGCAAAGGAUCGCGCCAUUUCAUAUUGGAGAGAGCUCAUUGGGCCCACCAACACCAUCAAAGCUCGCCAGACUCACCCUGAGUGCCUCCGAGCACUCUAUGGAACAGAUGACCAAAGAAACGCACUUCACGGCAGUGACAGCUUCAGCAGUUCACAAAGGGAAAUCAGAUUUUUCUUUCCUGACUCCAUUGUGGAACCAGUAGCUACAGGCCAGGCAGCGAAGGAUUAUUUGUCAAAAUCUGUUAACCCCACCCUGCUCAAAGGACUCACUGAUCUGGCAAAGAAGAAGCCAGAGGACCCUGUGUUGUGGUUAGCUGACUGGCUCUUGGAGAACAACCCUAACAAACCAAGAGUAAGGAACCCAAUUGUUGAGCUCGCAUAAACACCACGUGAUCUGACAGAGAGAACCAACGUUUCCUAGAGAAAAAUGUUCCCAGAGAAAGAGUAAUGUCAUUACUUAUUUGAGCAGUUGUCUGGGGGUUUGUUAUGUAAAUAGAAAUAAAAUUCUGUCUUGGCAGAUGAGUUGAAUUGAAAUCCAGUUCGUGGGAGAAUGAUAGGCCUAUUCAGGAAUUAUGACUUUUUACAACAUUCAUGAUAACUCUUUUUUUUUUCAAAUACAAAAUUCAGCUUUUCUUUCCCAAUUUUCCUCUGCUUUGCCAAAUCUAUUUUGCUAGAAGAACGACAAAUUGUUGACAUCAUUAGGCAGUAGAAUGUUAAUUUAUACAGAUGUGAACCAUGCAUGCUAUAAAAGUGUGCUUGUUGUAUGUUUUUUUAAGAAUAUCUGAUUGUAAGAUAUGAUAUACAUGUAUUAAAAAUUUAUGACCCAUGUCA